AUGGUACGCGGGUUGAAUAAGGGAGAUGAGCCGGAUAUCUGCAAACAUGUGAAUGAGAGCUUAGGCGCUCUGCUCGGUGAGGCGACAGUGGACAUGCUACUGAAGUCACGGCCUGCUAGCUCUGGCAUACUCACUGAUAUUGCCAAACUAUAUCACUCAAUUGGUUUCUCGGAUGUACACGAUGUCACUGUUCUUCGUGAUGUCAAAGGUGAUCUGGGUUUCGGAUUUUUUGUGGCAAGCUCUCAGGCUGGUGAGAGGCUUGAAAAAUGUACCGAACCGAUUUUCUCUGCUUCGCUUCCUGAAAUUAAAUCUGACAGUACGUCUACUCUUGAAGAUUGCGACAAAGACAAACUGGCCCUUGAAAUGUUGAGUGCCGCUCGUCUUGUUCCCGGUAGUCCAGCAGAGCGCUUGUCCGACAAACUUUGUAUCGGUGAUCGAAUUUUGGCUGUCAAUGGAAGGAGUAUUCUUCGACUCUCGCAUGAUGCUGUUGUACGUCUGAUUCGAGAAAGUGGUGAUCACGUGAUUAUCACCAUACUUCCUGCAGCAUCAGUCAUUGCAUCUAACCGAGGUAGUUGCUAA